UGAUUAUGGUUGUAUCAUGUAUGGUUAAGAGUGAUUUCCUUGUCUAUUUUCCUAGUCUAUUUCUAACAAAUACCGUAUAGAUGGUAAUUUUCGUGGGGCAAAUAUUCGUGGUUUUUAUUUGAAUGUCUGACCACGAAUAUUUUACCCACAAAUGAAGCCACCUUGCUUACCUUUACCUGCAGUGCAAGCUCCAACCACGAAAAUAUUACCCACGAAUAAUUUGUCCCUCGAAAAUUACCCGCUAUAUACGGUACUCCAGAACAACAUAUGCAUGCAUUGUUCAAGCCAUUAUAUAUUAUGAUCAUUGAUAUCAUAGUGAAACUUAGUGUACUUGUUUUUCCAAACAAUAACUGAUUGUGUAUAUUGUACAUACUCAUGCGCAUGCAUGACAAUGCGUCAUGUAUAAGUCAUGUGCUUAUAACGACCCUGCAGACAAAAUAUUCAUGGCUCGGGAAUCAUUGGGGCAUCAUGUGAUGGCUAUUCUGCAUGCUGUAUAAAUGUCACAGCUAUAGCAAAUAGAACACAGUAAUUUAAUAUCUCUAUGUAAGUACACGCUAUAUAGGCCUAAAAGUAGUGUGACCCCGCAAUCAUCAUCAUCAUUAUUAUGGCUAACAAAGAAGACCGCAAAGCAGACUCCAAAAAUCCAAUAGCAGUUAGAGUCCAUCCUAUCAAUGUAGGGCAAGGAGAUGCAAUAUUACUGGAGGUUAAAUAUGAUAAAGGGUCACCCAAAAAGUGGCUGAUCGAUGGUGGCCGAGGACAAAAAUCAACAUUUUCUAACCUGAUAACAGCUCUGGGCAAGAACGAUUGCAUAUCAGGGGGAGAAGAUCGCACCUAUCAACAGAUAAAGCUUGAAUCGAUUGUCAAUACUCAUCCAGAUAAGGACCAUCAUUUAGGAAUUAAUGCACUUUUAGGUACUGGAAACAAAGAAAUUAAGUUGGGUGACCGGUUCACUGUCUGCUGUCCCAUCAUAACCACCGAGGCCGCAAGUUUGUACUACUACGAGCAAUUUUUUAAAUGCGUAUUAUACGAAGAGAAGUACAGCGGUGCAGAAAGUGAUAGCCCUAAAUUCUGGUUUCAACCAGAUGCACCUGGAAAAAAGCACUACUAUGAAUUCAAACAUCUACCUCAACUACCAACUGUAAAAGUUUGUAAAAGUUCCAGUUUCUUAAAAAUAGAGGAUUUCGAUUGGAAUGCAUCAAGUAUUCUGACAACUGUGAAGAUACCGAAGAGCAAGUACUAUUACGAUGUGGUGUUGACUGGUGACUCAAAUGGUGAUGUCAUCCUUAAUACACUUGGACUAAGGCUUGAAAAAGACAUGCCGUGUAUACGUAAGACUGUUCGCAUUUUCCAAGUGCCUCAUCACGGAAGCAAGAACAACAGUUCGUAUGAAUUCUAUAAGCAAUUUGAUGCUGACAUCUACUUUAUUAGCCAUGGAGCCCUAUAUAAUCAUCCACAUAGUGAGGUUAUCACAGGCAUUCUCUCUGCUGCUGUUGAGAAGGGAGGUAGAUUUUGUACAAUAGUAGUCACAGCGACGUGGUUUAAAGAAUCAAAAAUUAAUUACUUCUAUCGCAAGAGAAUACGCCACUGGAGGGACUUUGUUGAGAUCUACUAUUACAAUACGGGCACACCGUAUGUCACUCUGGAUUGGAGCAAGAGUCUUCCUGAGGGCUUAAUUAAGUAUACUGAACGUGAAGAAAAGGAACAGAGGAAAGGCACUGACAACCCCCUGUGUUCGAGGUGUUAUAAAAAGUGUUACCGUUGCGCUAAAAACGGCCUUUGUAAAGAGUGCCUCACAUGUAUCAUUUGUAAGGAGUUCACCGAUGAAACUGACAAGUUUACGGCUGUAUGUAAUCGAUGUGGAUCUCGAGCUCAUGCCAAUGCAGAGACAGACUGCACUCGUUAUACAAUCACUCCAAAGAACUAUUAUUGCAUCAAGUGCCGGAAAUGUACAAUAUGUAGCAAUGAUACAAAAGAAUCUACUGAUCUUGAAGUUAUCAAAUGCAAUAAAUGUAAGGCUUGUGCCCAUGUUAACUGUGUGCUAGUCAGAAAUACGCGAGACAAAAAUUCUAGUGCCUCGAUUCAUAUAUGCUGUUGGUGUGAUCUAAUAAUACACCAUGCGACCCAAUCAAUGUCACUUACUACCCAUGAUUUUAAGGAUGGAAACUGUUUUUUCAACUCCAUGGCGAUUAACAUAAAAAACGAAGCAGACAAAUUAUGGCAGCAGCACCUUGAAACAUCACUCAAGACAGAAAAUUCCAGCAUUUCAAGUUAUUUGAGACGAGUAUUGGUCCUUGAGCUCCUGGGAGCAAGGCGUCGACUCUAUGAGAAAUUCUUUCCUAAUAACUUGGACUGUGUAGAAGAAGUGAAAAAAUUUUGGAAGCUUGACAGCAGCCCGAUUGGGAAUUUUAUGCCUUACGCACUGGCAGCAGCUUUGAACUGUUCAAUUGUAAUUUAUUUCAAGGAUUCGAACCGUGAUCCAUUGACAAUUGGGCCCACAGAAGGUUAUACGAUACCAACAGCUUAUCUUACUUACAGUCCAGAUGGCUCUGGACGUUAUGAUGCUCUGGACUUGUAAAGUUGGCAACCUAAUUGUUAUUUUGGAGACAACCUGGCCUGGAAACGAGGCUAUAAUUAUAGUAGAUGUGUUGAUUGAAGCUAUCAACCAGUAAAUAUCACUAUGCUAAAAAUACUGUACAUGCAAGUGUUAUUAAUGUAUAAAUAAUAAUUUUUGCGUAAUAAUUAUAGCACAUGUUGAAAGUUAUAUUUAGUCUUGUGAUACCAGCCGGUUCUUAUUAAUAACCGUCUGGUUACUCUGAGCAUACUGUUCUGGCGUCUAGGAAUGUAAUCAU